AUGGCCAAAGCAACCCAUAUAGCUGUCAUUUCAAUUCCUUCAUUUAGCCACCAAGCCUCAAUAGUUGCAUUCUGCAAGAGACUCGUUCAUCUCCAUCCCAACAUCCAUGUCACUUGCAUUUUCCCUACCAUUGGUACACCUAAUCCCUCCAGCUUCGCAUUCCUUGACUCUCUUCCUUCCAACAUAGACUACACUUUCCUCCAUCCGGUUAACAAACAAGACUUACCACAAGAUGUUUCGCAAGCAGUGCAAUGCAAUCUUGCAGUGUCUCAGUCAAUGCCAUAUUUUCGUGAUACGUUGGGGUCACUCUGUUCAACCACGCCACUGGUUGCUUUGGUAGCUGAUCCUUUUGCAAAUGAAGCUUUAAAAAUAGCAAAGGAGUUCAACCUCUUAUCCUACGUAUACCUCCCUAUUUCCGCCAUGGCACUGGCACUGCUCCUACAUUUGCCAACAUUGCAUGAGGAAGUUUCAUGUGAAUACAAAGAUCAUACAAGGCCUAUUCAAAUCCCAGGCUGUGUACCUAUUCAUGGCCGCGAUCUCCCUGAACACUUCGAAGAUCGGUCUAAUGUUGCUUAUGACUUAAUUCUCCAAUAUUCCAAGAGGAUCUCUACCGCUGAUGGUUUCUUGGUUAAUAGCUUCUUAGAAAUGGAGGAAGGUACUCUGAAAGCCUUCCAGGAAUGUAAUAGAGCCAAUAAGAAUGCCCCUGUUUAUUUGGUUGGGCCAAUUAUACAAAUUGGGCCAAUUAAUGAAUCAAAUGGGUCCGAGUGUUUGAGGUGGUUGGAGAACCAGAAGCCCAAAUCGGUUUUGUAUGUGUCCUUUGGAAGUGGAAGCACUGUGUCUCAAGAACAACUCGAUCAGCUAGCUUUAGGGUUGGAGUUGAGUGGUCAGAAAUUCUUGUGGGUUUUGAGAGCACCAAGUGACCCAAGAAAUUGUAAUUACCUUGGUUCUACAAAUAAUGACCCUUUACUAUUCUUGCCACAUGGGUUCCUAGAGAGAACAAAGGGGCAAGGGUUGGUUGUUCCUUUUUGGGCACCCCAAACCCAAAUCCUUAGUCACACUUCAACUGGUGGGUUCCUAACACAUUGUGGUUGGAAUUCAAUCCUCGAGAGUAUUUUAGCGGGAGUUCCAAUGAUAGCCUUGCCAUUAUUAUUUGGUGAGCUAAUGAUGAAUGCAAUUUUGCUAACUGAGGGCCUAAACGUGGCACUAAGGCCAAAAUGUUGUGGAAAUGGCAUAGUGGAAAAGGAGGCAAUUGCUGAAGUGAUAAAAGGUCUACUGGUGGGUGAACAAGGUCAUGGUGCUCGUCAAAGAAUUGUAGAGCUCAAAGAAGCAGCUGUUGAUGCACUAAAAGAUGAUGGGUCUUCCACAAGGGCACUUUCCCAAUUUAGUACUGAAGUGAAGAACUUUGUUAUCAAUCACUAA